AUGAAAGUUGUUAUAGCCGAUCGUAAUCUUGAAGGCGCCGAGGAAGCCUGCGAAGAGUUCAAUAAAGGAGCUCAAGUAGCGUGGGCUGUUCAGGCCGAUGUUGGUGACUGGGAGUCUCAGAAGCAAGCCUUUGAGGUCGCUGUGGAGAAGCUUGGCAGGGUGGAUUAUGUUUUCCCCAUUGCAGGGAUAACAGAACGACCCUGGAACGCGAAGCAACCGAGUGGGUCUGGGUUUGGUAAGCCAAAUCUGUCUGUCUUGGACGUAAAUGCUACUGGGGCUCUGUAUACUUGCUCUCUUGCAAUUCAACAGUUCAGAACCCAGGAGCCUGGAAAGUACGGCUUCCGUGGAAAGAUUGUUGUUGUAUCCUCAGCUUGCGGGUUUUACUGCAUUCCCAGCUUACCUAUCUACACCGCGGCGAAACAUGCGAUGGUGGGAUUUGUACGGACACAUGGAAAGCUCUUACCAGAGGAAGCUAUCACCCUGAAUGCAAUUUGUCCUACAAUUGUUAAAACCGGUAUUUCAACUGGCGACUUUUAUGACAAAGCCGACGCGAAGGGCCUCCUGAUUACAGUUCAAAGUUUGGUGAAGGCCUUUGAGAAUUUGCUGGGAGACUGCGAAACAUCUGGUGAAGCUAUUGAGAUUUUACCAGGUGAAGAUGGGUCGAAGAUCAAGGAACGGCCGGAGUACAGUAACGAGAAGUGCAAAGUGAGUUGUGAGAUGGUUGAGGAAAGAACAUAUAAUGCAUUCAAAGCUUUAGAACUCAAGGCCAACGAGCCAAGGUCCUAA